AUCGACAAUGGAGACACAAAGGAUCCUCAUGAGGAGUUUGGCUGUUGUGUUUUUUGCAUCUGUGAUCUGGACUAUAACAGUCCCAGCAGAUGCUCAAAAUAAGGAUAUCACAUGCUGUAAAGUCGUCUCCAGACAAACUCGAGAACAGUUUCCUGAUCCCAUCAUCGGUUUCAGGAUGUUAAAACAUAAUAAUCAAUGUCUGAAGGCCGUCGUCUUUAAGACUGAACGAGGAGAGUUCUGCUUUGACGGUAGACUACCAUGGGUGGACAAGGAAGCUAAGAAGUUUUUCAGAGCUCAAAGAAACAAAAGCCUGACUUCCACAACGCCACCACCAGCAUCAUCUAUCAGUAAACUCCUGACUUCCACAUCACCACCAGCAUCAUCCAUCAGUAAACUUCUGACUUCCACGCCACCACCAGCAUCAUCCAUCAGUAAACGCCUGACUUCCACAUCACCACCAGCAUCAUCCAUCAGUAAACUUCUGACUUCCACGCCACCACCAGCAUCAUCCAUCAGUAAACGCCUGACUUCCACGCCACCACCAGCAUCAUCCAUCAGUAAACUUCUGACUUCCACGCCACCACCAGCAUCAUCCAUCAGUAAACUUCUGACUUCCACGCCACCACCAGCAUCAUCUAUCAGUAAACUCAUGACUUCCACGCCACCACCAGCAUCAUCCAUCAGUAAACUUCUGACUUCCACGCCACCACCAGCAUCAUCCAUCAGUAAACGUCUGACUUCCACGCCACCACCAGCAUCAUCCAUCAGUAAACGUCUGACUUCCACGCCACCACCAGCAUCAUCUAUCAGUAAACUCCUGACUUCCACAUCACCACCAGCAUCAUCCAUCAGUAAACGUCUGACUUCCACGCCACCACCAGCAUCAUCUAUCAGUAAACUCCUGACUUCCACAUCACCACCAGCAUCAUCCAUCAGUAAACUUCUGACUUCCACGCCACCACCAGCAUCAUCUAUCAGUAAACUCACUCCUGAGGAUCUUCACAAUCAACUCACGACAGAUCAGGAAUCAUGAACAUCUAAAAGCAAACUCAUAAUGAGAACACAUUUAAGUAUGAGUUCUAAGAAAUAUUAUGUAUAUUUCUUAAGUUUAAGAUUUUGCUGUUGUGCUGUUUGACAAUAUUUAAAGUGACUUAAAUUGAAUAUUUAAAUGUUUUUAAAAUACAUGUUGUUUGAUAGUGACAUUUCUAAAUGUAUUAAUUUUAUGCAGAAAUUAUAGUGAAACAGUUUAAGAACAAAUGAUUUAAAAUAAAUAAUUAUCUUGUAUAUUUCAAAUCGAAAUAUAU